UUGCCAAAUACUAAGUUUUUAAUAAUAUAUGCCUAUUAAUAGAGUAAACGUGCUGCCACAUUCUUGUUGAAAAAGUUAAAAUCUGCAAAGUAAAGAUUGAUAUAUUUAUUAAAGAUUUUGUUUCUCUCAUUCCAUUGGCAGUGUAGUUGCAUAUGCAUAGAAAGCGCUAAUGUAGCGCCCACUGCUGAACUCAACAUAACCAAUACACGAUACGUGUACUAGUCGAGUGCAAGUCGGAAACUUGUGGCACUGAUCGGUAUAAAAUGUCUGCCGUCAUGUCUUAUUAACGGAAAUGAGGAAAGUGGCAAGAGUCAACAAAGUUUCACUAAAAUUAUUGGCGCAAAAAUAAUAUCCAAAUCUUCCUAAUGUAUGUUUGUAUUAAUUGUGGAGCUGAAUGCAAAGAGCUCUUUAGAAGAUACUGUCCUAGUGUUCUUAAAGUUCUAAAAUGUGAAGAAUGCGGCUUAUCAGCUGACAAAUACAUUGAAUAUGAUCCAGUUAUAGUUUUCGUAGAUUUAAUUCUGAUAGAAAAACCAGCUUAUAGACAUCUUCUGUACAAUAGCGAUUUUAAAUCAUAUUGGAAAUUGAGUGUUAUAUUAUGGUUAGCCGAAUCGUCGAGAGCUUGGUCUUCCUGUGAAACAAACAAGGCGGAAUUAACCGCAUCAAAAAUAGAUUUGGUUCAUAACGACGCGUUGCAAGAUGAAUGUAAUUUUUAUAAUUUGCUGUUACAUACCGCGUUAGCCUUCGCGGCAUUCGUUUGUGCAGUCGUUAUAGUAACUGAAUUAAAAUGGUUUAUUAUCCGUGAAAAACCGUAUAAAUAUAGCGUUAGAGAUUUAAGUUACGCUCUGAUAACUGGAGGCUGUGGUAAAUUGCUUGGAUUGUUGGGAAUAGUGUGGAGGCAUAUAGCUUCGGGUCCAUAUUAUAUUCUUAUUCAAGGUUACACAGUUUUAUGUCUUUUAACUGCAUACUCAGUUGUAUGCAAGACUGGAAAGGGAGGAUCUUUGAUUGGGUUAAUCUCUGGAUUUCUAUUGUAUGGUUACAUACAUAUGUACUUCCAUCUCUAAAUUGCACCUAGUUAUUCCCAAUAUCACUCUAAUAUGAACGUAUGACCGAUAAAACCAUAGUUUUUGAUCAAUUUCAAGCAUCUUUAACAGGAAGAACACUCCAGCCCAAAACUAGUCUGUCAAAACCGCAAGAAAAUAAAUUACAUACACUAUUAUCUUCCAACCAGGAGACAGAGCACACCAUUCUACGAUGACCCUGCAAAUACAUUACAUGAUUGUUUGAUCUAUUUGCUAAAGAAUCGGCUUACAAAUAAUAUAUUUGGGUAAAACAUCAAUGUUAAUUACUUUAAAUGGCUAAAGGGACAGAUGUUUAUACAAUAAAACAGGUGUUCAUAAUAA